AUGGCCAAAUCUGACACCCAUUGCGACCCCCAGGACCAAUGUUACGAUAAUCUUCGUAUCUCCAACAAUGCCUGGGAUACCAACCUAAUCAAGGUUAACCCCAAAUACCUCUCGCUCAAUUGGCAAGCCAGCGGUGGUGGUGCCUUUGCUGUCAUCCCCCUCAACGAAACCGGAAAGCUCCCAGAGCGCAUCCCUUUGUUCCGUGGCCACACUGCCGCUGUCCUCGACACCGACUGGAACCCUUUCCAUGAUGAUAUUAUUGCUUCGGGUUCGGAUGACGGAAAGGUUUUCCUCUGGAAAAUCCCCGAGAACCAUACCGUCCGCCCCGACCCCGAGGCCCUCGACAGCAUUGAAGACAGCCUGAAGCCUAUCAGCAAGCUGAGCAGCCAGUCUAAGAAGGUCGGCCACGUGCUGUUCAACCCCGCCGCCGAGGACGUGCUGGCAACGACCUCGUCCGACACUGUGAAAAUUUGGGAUAUCGGAACCGAAAAGGAGAUGCACACCUUCAAUGCAGGCAACGUUGUUCAGUCGCAAUCGUGGAGUGCGAAUGGUGCCCGACUUGUAACUACCGUUCGUGCCGAUAAGAAGGACGACAACAAGCUCAAGAUCUGGGAUCCCCGCCAGGCGACUGCCGUCUCCGAGACUAAGGGUCAUGUCGGAGCUAAGAACAGCCGCGCCAUUUGGCUCGGCGAGCGUGAUCAAAUCGCAACCACCGGUUUCUCCAGAUUCAGUGACCGCCAACUGGCCUUGUGGGAUAUUCGCGCCAUGCAGGAACCCAUUACUGGCUUCAUCACCCUGGACAAGAACUCCGGUGUCAACAUGCCCUUCUGGGACGACAGCACUAACUGCCUUUACCUGGCUGGCCGCGGUGAUGGCAACAUCCGCUACUUCGAGCUCGAGAAUGACAAGUUCGAGCCCCUCGACGAGUACAAGUCCUCCGACCCUCAGCGCGGUAUUGCGUUCAUGCCCAAGCGGGGUGUGAACAUGCACGACACUGAGUUGACCCGUGCUUACAAGACUGUUGACGAUACUUAUAUUCAACCAAUCUCCUUCAUCGUUCCUCGCAAGUCCGAGACCUUUCAGGACGACAUUUAUCCUCCCACUUUCGGUCUUACCCCUGCUAUGAGCGCCGGAGAGUGGUUCCAAGGCAAGGAGGCUAUUCCGCCCAAGAUUUCUAUGGCCAGCCUCUACGACGGCGAGGGUGAGAAGGAAGUCUCUGGAGUUCUGGACAAGCCCACCACCGCUACGGAAGCCCCUGCUCCCAGGGUUGCCGAGCCCGCUCCUAAGAAGAGUGAGCCCGCUUCGCUGCCGGCUGCCCGCGAGGCCGUUUCCGAGCCUACCCCCGUCGCUCGUCCCGCCCCCUCUAUGAAGGAUCAAGGCGCUUCGAUGGCUGCCAUGGUCAACAAGUUCGCCGAUGACAAGGAAGAUGAGGUCAACACCGCCGACGAUGAUGAUGAUUCCAGCUUUGAGGAGGUCCCUAAGCCCGUUGAGCGUACCCCUCGCUCGCCUGUUAUCCAGGUCACACCUCCCCGGGUGAACAGCCCUCUGCGGCCCAAGGAAACUGAGCCCAAGCCGGAGCCCAAGCCCGAACCCCGGGUCUCCGCCUCCACACCCCCCUCCUCCUCCCCCGUCACCGAAUCAGCCGUCGCAGCAAGCUCCCUCCACAAGGAGCUCGAGGAGAUCAAGAACUUGAUCACUGCCCAGACCAAGACGAUUGCUUCCCAGGCUCAACAGAUGCAAUCCCUGACCUCUGAGAUCGAGUCUCUCAAGACCCAACUGAAGUAA